AUGGCCCUCAUAGUCGACAAGCAUCGACCACGAUCCCUCGACGCUCUCACAUACCACCCAGAGCUCUCCCACCGUCUCCAAUCUCUAGCACAAAGCGGCGACUUCCCGCAUCUCCUCGUCUACGGCCCCUCGGGCGCCGGCAAAAAAACACGAAUUGUAGCAACUCUCAAGGAGCUCUACGGACCAGGCGUAGAAAAGAUCAAAAUCGACUCGCGCGUCUUCCAGACCACCAGCAACCGCAAGCUCGAGUUCAACAUUGUCACAUCCGUGUACCACCUCGAAAUCACACCCUCCGACGUAGGCAACUACGACCGGGUCGUCGUGCAAGAUUUACUAAAGGAGGUCGCGCAGACGCAGCAGGUGGACCAGUCCGCCAAGCAGCGAUUCAAGGUCGUUGUCAUCAAUGAGGCGGAUCAGCUCUCGCGAGAUGCGCAGGCGGCGCUGCGUCGAACCAUGGAGAAGUACUCGCCCAACUUGCGGCUCAUCCUGCUAGCGAAUUCGACGGCAAACAUCAUCGCUCCGAUUCGGUCAAGGACACUGCUUGUGAGAGUUGCCGCCCCGACGCACGAGGAGAUUUGCAGCGUGUUGGCUAUGUCUGCAAAGAAGGAGGGUUGGGGGGUGGUCAAGGGGUUGCACCAGAGGAUCGCCAUGGAGAGUGGGCGGAAUUUAAGGAGGGCGUUGUUGAUGUACGAGGCUGUCCACGCGCAAAAUGAGAAAGUGUCUGAAGAUACGCCCAUACCUCCAGCAGACUGGGAGGCUUUAAUCGGCCAGAUCGCCAAAGAAAUCAUGGAUGAGCACACGCCGGCGCGAAUCCUGCAAGUCCGCGCCAAGUUCUACGACCUGCUAACGCACUGUAUCCCGCCUACGACAAUUCUCAAAACCCUCACGUUCAAGCUCCUUAACCUAAUUGACGACGGUCUCAAGGGCGAGGUGAUUCAGUGGUCUGCGUUUUAUGAGCAUCGUAUUAAGACGGGGACAAAGGUGAUUUUUCAUUUGGAGGCAUUUGUGGCCAAGUUUAUGCGUAUUCUUGAGAUGUAUCUCAUGAGUAUGGAGAUGUAA